AGAUGUAAACAAGACAUGGCGGCCUCCGCAGCGGAGAGGGGAGCGCUCAGUAUGCAGCAGAUAGCCGCCGGCCCCGGGGAUGGCAGCAUGGAGCCGGGUACUGGCCCGCUGUUGGAAGAGCUCCCCGAGGAUGGCAGCAUGGAGCCGGGUACCGGCCCGCUGUUGGUAGAGCUCCCCGGGGAGCUGUUGGAGCAGAUCCUGUGCUCCAGGUGUCUAGAUUACCGGGACAUCAUCAGCAUCCAGGGCACGUGCCGGCGGCUGCGGGAGCUGUGUCCGGCCCGGGGCAAGGUGUGGCGCCGGCUGCUGUCUGACAGAUGGACAUCCAUGAUGAAAUAUUACAAUUCCUUGGAUUCUUAUGAUUGGUUGGAAGAGUAUAAAACUCGACACAGAGCAGGCUUAGCAGUGUGCAAUCUUUUGGCUGCAUUCUCUAAGAGGUUAAUCACUGAACGCCAUAUCCCUUGUGAAGGAUUUAAUGAUUUUGAUACCCUGGGCUACCCAACACAUUACAUUGAAGAUGAGUUAUUAUCCAUCAUGGAUAAUAAGAGCAAGAAGUGCUCAAUGUUUAAAUAUUGUGCCAAGAAAAUCUUGUACUCCAUGCGUCAGGAAACAAUAUUAUGCAAUUUGAAGAGCUUUCUCCAGAAACCAGUGGAAAAACAAGCAAUCUUAGAAGGUGCUGUUUUGAUUGACCAGUACUGUAACCCUUUAGAAGACCUAUCUCUUGACCAUAUUCAGGCACAUUUGGACACUAUUCUGGAAAAGGUGAAAGCUUUGUUAAGUGUGAAGAAUAACCGACAUCCUGCUUUAUUUCUUCAGGCAGGUGCAACCUCUUAUAUUGAAGACCUGGAUCUGCAGGAGCAAGUCCUGGAUACCCUGAAUCAUGUCCUUUUUAUUGAGAUGAAGUUCAAGGGCAAUGUAACAGAUUUUUAUAACCCACUGAAUUCCUAUAUCCACCAGGUCCUUAUUACUAAGACUGGCAUCCCAAUCAGUCUCUCGGUGCUCUAUUUAUACCUUGCUGAACGACUUGGUGUGCCACUUGAACCAGUUAAUUUCCCUCAUCAUUUCAUGCUCAGAUGGUGUCAAGGCAUUCAAGGAAGUACAGACAUCGCAGACUAUGUGUACGUGGAUGCAUUUGGAGGGGGCAAACGUCUGACUGCAAGAGAGUGUGAGUACAUGAUUGGUCAGCAUGUAACAGAGGAAUUCUAUGCAGCUGUUAGAACCAAGGAAGUAAUGCAGCGUAUGAUUGGAAACCUCCUCAACCUUGGGAAAAGGGAAAGCAAAGACCGGAACUUCAUGUUGCUCAGAGUGUCUCUGGACCUGUACCUAGCUAUGUACCCAGACAGCGUGCAACACCUUCUCCUCCAGGCCAGGCUCUAUUUCCACCUGGGGAUCUGGCCUGAAAAGGUUCUGGACAUUCUACAGAACAUUCAAGCUUUGGAUCCCUACCAGCAUGGAGCUGUGGCAUAUCUGGUUCAGCAUACCCUUGAACACAUUGAGAAACGGAAGGAGGACAGUGGGACUACCAUCAAACUGCGAUCCAGUGACACUGAGAUCUGCUACUCUAUAGGACUUCUCAUGAGACAUAAGAGGCAUGGAUAUAGUGGAGUGAUCUUUGGUUGGGAUCCCAUCUGUAUGAUGCCACCAGACUGGAUUGAGUACAUGGACACACACAAUCUCAUCAGUGGAGCAAACCAGCCAUUUUAUAGCAUGUUAUUGGAUGAUGGAUCAUGUAGCUAUGUUGCACAAGAGAACUUGGAACUACAUCCCUCCCCAAAGGAAAUUAUGCAUCCUGACAUUGGUCUCUACUUCUCCGAGUUCUCAAGCACUCACUACAUUGGGAAUGAAGAAUUAAAGCUUCAGUACCCAGAGGACAUGGAAUUCACUCUGUCCAGCAUUCAAAUGACAAAUGGACAAUCCAGUAAUACCUCUCAGCAUGAAUGCUGAAGCAGAAGCAUGCUUUCAUAGAAUGCCAUUCUUAUAUAUGUACUUCCUUAACUAAAACAUCCCUUUAUUACUGUGGGCAUCUUCGAAGUCCUACCGUCUGGAGUUUUAAUAGACAAAUGAUGCUUGUG